GCUAGAGUAAUAUAAAUGGAUCCAUAAACCACAAAGCCUUUUCCCCAUCUGGACUUCUUGCUAGGGUUGAAGCGCAGCCCCCCAAAACCACAUUAUUCAUAUAUCGAUGGAUAACCCGAGAAACAGCAAUGAGCCGCCCAAUGUGGGUUCGCAGCAGAUGAUUAUUAAGAGUAGACCGAAGAAAUCCAUGGUUUGGGAACAUUUUACAACCGAAACUAGUGAUACUGAAUCUGAAUGUACCCGGGCCCGUUGUAUGCUAUGCAAGAAACUGUUUGCGUAUAUUUCGGGCAAAAAGGUAGCCGGGACUAGUCACCUUAAACGGCAUAUUACAAAGGGUAUCUGCCCCAUGAUUAGAAAUAAUAUGAGAAGCGAUCAAACUACGCCAAUCGUCUCUCUUCCCGCCAUUACAGGCCCUCAAGAUGACAAUAGCCCGUCAAGAAAACGCCGUAAAAGCACUCCAGGAUCGACAUCGGUUUCCAUUUAUCAAGAUGAGUUCAGACAGCUUAUUGCAAAGAUGGUUAUUAUGCAUGGAUAUCCACUUAACAUAGUCGAAUGUCCCGCCUUUUUGAAUUGUGUAAAAUCGCUUCAACCGAAAUUUCCCAUUUUGCCCCUUCAUGUCGUUGAAAGCGACUGUUUGGCGUUAUACCAACGGGAAAGACAAACUGUUUUGAAUCUCGUUAGCAGCAGCGCUGGUCGGAUUAACCUCUGUCUUGAAUCGUGGGCCACAGAUCAAAGCGUCGCGUAUGUCCUCAUAACGGGCCAGUUUAUAGACGAUGAUUGGAAACUUCAUCGAAGGAUUCUUUCGGUUGUUUUAUUACCGUUUCCUGACUCAGAAUCUGCUCUUAAUCAAGCUGUUUGUUCUUGUAUUACCAAUUGGAACUUGGAGAACAAGUUACUUGCGGUUACUCUCGAUGAAUCUUUUGCAAACGAAGCCGCAAGAAAAAGUUUAAGAAAUCUAUUGUCUGUCAAGAAUCCGUUGGUUCUUAACGAUAACUUCCUGAUCGGGAGUUGUUAUGCGCGAGUUUUAUGUCAUCUCGCACAAGAUGCUUUAGGGGUGUUAUCGGAAACCGUUAAAAAAGUUCGUGAUAGUGUUAAGUAUGUGGUGACGGUAAAUUCUUCGCAAGAACGAUUUAACGAUCUCAAGCUUCGACUUCAGGUACCGAGUACGAAAAGUCUCGUACUCGAUGACCAAAGUCAAUGGAACACAACUUAUCAUAUGUUGGUAGCUGCAAGUGAGUUAAAAGAGGUGUUUUCUUGUUUCGAUACGUUCGACUCAAAUUACCAAAUUACCCUCACGAUGGAUGAAUGGAAACAAGUUGACAUUCUUUGUACAUUCUUGAAACUGUUACUUGAUGCAGCUAAUCUUUUAACGGGCCCGUUGUAUCCAACGACAGAUGCGUUUUUCCAUGAGGCGUGGAAAAUACAACUCGAGCUUAAACACGCAUCGACGAGUGAUGACGCGUUUAUUAGAAAGUUGACCAGGUCAAUGCACGAAAGAUUCGACGAAUACUGGAACAACUGCUAUUUAGUAUUUUCGAUCGCUGUUGUUAUGGACCCGCGUUUUAAAAUGAAGCGUGUGGAAUUCAGUUUUGCUAGAAUUUACCAUGAAGAUGCGGACCGCUGGAUUAAAGCUGUGAGCGACGGUGUUCAUGAACUGUUUCUCGAUUAUCUUGUGCAAAUGCUUCCUCCGCCUACUUUCGUCGUUGACGAAAACUGUUCUCUUACGACCGACACGCUUCAAGAAGAACAAACAAGUCUUCAUUGUGAAACAGUGAAAACCGAGGCUCCUGAAAAUGAAAUACUUCUUUCGACAAGUGACGGCCUUUCUGAUUUCGAUGUUUAUAUAUCAGGAAUCGCAAACCAUCAGUACAUGAAGCCGGAACUUGAUGAGUACUUAGAAGAAUCGGUAUUACCUCGGAUGCAAGAGUUUGAUGUUUUGGGCUGGUGGAAACUAAACAGAAGAAAGUAUCCAACUUUAUCGAAAAUGGCUUGUGAUAUAUUGUCGAUUCCGAUUUCUACAAGUUUUCAAGACUCGGUUUUCGCUACGACCCGUAACAAGAUGGAUAAAUAUCGAUGUUCGUUAAAACCGUCGUUCCUCGAAGCACUUGUUUGUGCAAAAGAUUGGCUGCAACAUGGAAAUUCUUGAGUAGUAUAUGCAGUAAUCUUUUUGGUAUACUUUGAUUUUUGGUAUAAUGUAAAUCAUUUUCUUGGAUAUCUUUUAUAGUUCUACUAUUCAUGCUGAAUUUGUUUCUACCAUUUUUA